AUGGCGGCCGCUUGGUCUUCCAGUUGUUGCAAGGGAUGCUCUUCUACAAGCUGUACGUGUGGCGGUGACAAGGGCAAGUGGAGCGACUCCUCUCUGUUGGGCAGGCGGCUCUCGGAAGACUCGAGCCGUCACCAGCUGCUGCAGAAGUGGGCAAACAUGUGGAACUCCGUGAGCGGAGACGCGUCGGUGGCCUGUGCAGAGGGGACGCGGCGCGAGGAGGCUGCGGAACCCGCCGAGGAGGAGGAUAGGCCGCUGGUGUUUCUGUGCUCCGGCUGCAGGCGGCCACUGGGCGACUCGCUGAGCUGGGUGACGAGCCAGGAGGACACCAACUGCAUCCUGCUGCGCUGUGUUUCCUGUAAUGUUGCUGUGGAUAAGGAACAGAUACUAUCCAAACGUAAAAAUGAAAAUGGUUGCAUUCUGGAGGCCCUCUCCUGCACGGGGUGCUCACUCAGGCUUGGCUACGUGUACAGGUGCACACCCAAGAGUCUAGACUACAAGAGAGACUUGUUUUGCCUCAGUGUGGAAGCCAUUGAAAGUUAUAUUUUAGGGUCCUCGGAAAAGCAAAUUGUGUCAGAAGAUAAAGAACUUUUUAAUCUCGAAAGCAGAGUUGAAAUAGAAAAGUCUCUAAAGCAGAUGGAAGAUGUUUUGAAAGCCUUACAAACGAAGCUAUGGGAGGUUGAAUCAAAAUUGUCCUUUACCAGUUGCAAAAGCUGAAAUCUUCUAAGUGCCCCCACUCUGGACUCCCUGCUGAUGGACACUUCUUUCAUAUGUAGCAAUUCUGGUUAUCAUUUGAUUUCACCUAGAAUGGAAGGAGUUCUAAAGGGCUGUAUGCAUAUUCUCUUGUAUUGAUCAAGUGAGAAGAAUUGUAGAACUACUUUACAAUAUAAUAAAUGGUAAAGAGAUGGUUAUUUCCUGAAGUUGAAUUUUAAAGCCAUUUUAUGAUACUUGCUGAAACUGGAAUUUAGUAGCUUUUGUGUUGAUUAAGAAACUGCCAUGAUCUUUUGAACUCUUCUCUCUGUACUGAGUUCAUUAUUCAUUUCCUUUAAAAAAAAUUUUCAUUCACCUUUAAUACUUUGGGAAAUAUUUAAUAUUGAAUGGCAAAAAAUUCUUAGGGGUUUUUCCUCCCACUGUGUGACUGACUCUCUCUGAAAAUGGAUGCAUAAAGUUCUCUGAAGAAACCGGUCAGUUGAAUCACUUGUCAGAACUGUUUGAAAACUUGCACAGGAGCCGAACAGCAUAAAGUCUCAUGGUAGUAGAAUUCCUCUGGGUCUGUUUGUUUACUCCUAUAUGCCCCCCAAAAUCUGGAAUAGUAUUUGCCAAAGAGACCAGUAGUCAUUCUCUGAGGGCGGGGUUCUGGGGAAUUUUCAAUAUUCUGUAAUGUGAGACUUAGAGUAAGCCUGUGCUAUCUUUAAAAUCAGGAGGAGACUAAAGAUGAAAACAAAGUAUUUUAAAACUGAAUUGCGGUAUUUAACUGAACUCAGAAAUCCUGACGCCAUGAAAGCCUGCUCGGGCAUGUACAGGUAACCCCAGAUUUCUCCAGGCGCCUUUCUGGUUUUGGGUUCAGAUGAGGCCGCACAACAUUAGUACUCAGUAUGUAUGAGGAACUCAACUCAGUUUCUGCUCAGGAGUUCCCUACUUAUUUCUGAGAAUACGUAAAGGUGUCCCAACAAAAGGACUGACUGACUCAUUUACAGUUAUUAUUUUUGAUAGACUGGCAGUAAUGCCUGGUAAUUAGAGAUUAGUGAGUCCCCUUGGUCUCCUCUCACGCAGACUUGCGACCAGGUAGAACGUGGUGGCGAGACAGCACAUACUUGUCCCUGCUGGCAACAGCACAGUCGUCUUGCCUCGGUCAGCUCGAGGCAGUCCCCAGUGUCUGUGCCCUCCGGUGCUUCAGGGCAGCUUGCACGCGAGUUCAUUUGGAGCAGAUGGGUGAGUGCGGUAACAGCAGGAACUCCUCUAACUUCCUGUUGUGCGGCGGCAACAGGCCAGCAGUCACGUUCAGGGCUGUUCCAAAGACAGGUGGUUUGGCUCCCUAAUUCCUUUACUCUGCUCCUACUGGGGCAGGAUUUCUAGUCCAGCCACGCAUCUUGAAAACUACUCAUUUCACCAGUGAAAAAUCAUUUCUAAGAUCCAAAGUGCUGACUGAGCGUCUGUUGUGGAUCAGGAGACGAGCCCAGCUCAGGUGCUCUGGGCUGCCUCUGGUGCGGACUUGGAUUAGCCACAGUUGCCUUUGCUGUCAGGCUGUCCUUCAGAGGAAGCUAACGGAACACUCCUGGGUGCAGAUGGGAAGCUCACACGCUUGUAUCACAUGCUCUGCACUGCAGCCCCCGGAAGGAGACCCCAGGAGACAGUUGCAUUUCAUACGGCGGAGUCUGCAUCUUCGGCCUCUGCCCGUGAUGUCACUGAGGGAUGUUCUCGCCCCUGCCAGAGAGCUGCUCAGGUUCCCGGACCGCUCACCUCGAGG